AUUUAUUUUCCCUCUCUUCAUACAUAGUACAGAGAUUGUGUUUUUCCCCUUUGAAAAAUAUUUUGCAUUUACUUCUAAAUUUUCGAUUCUGUAAGAGUGAGCAAUCCCUGUUCUUCCUCUUUGACUAAAGCUUCAGUUUGAACUUUAAAUUUCUGGGUUGUGCUUAUAAUCUGAGAAUUUGAUCAAACUCGUAGAAUUUCAUCUACGGCUUAGUUCGGUUGCUAAGAAAAGUGAAGGAAAAGAAGAGUAUAGAAUUUUUAAGGCUUGAAUUCCUUUUUUCCUUGUUUGUUAGUUGGGUUGAGUUUUUCCGUUUUCUUUGUGGGAACUAGAACAAGAGCCGUAACUCGUUGAAAUGGAAAGAGGAGAGAAUAAUAGCAGAAGAAGAAUUGGGUCGUUUAAAGCAGACAUUAAUAUGUAUGGAGAGAGGAAUCUUGAAGGUAGUGCUGCCCUGAGGAAACCCCAUUUAGAAAUUUUAGAGCAGAAGCCCUCAUCAAUAGCAAGAGAACUCCUUUUGGCUAGGAGGGACAUUGGACGAUUCAGUGAGAGCAGAAGAGCGGCAGAUUCAAUGAAAAUUGAAGCCGAGUCUGAGCUCUUUAAUGCAAAGAAGACAGUGAGAACACUGAGUUCCCUUAUCAAUGAAUCCAAGGCAAAAGCAAAGAUGCAGGACCUUGAAGAUAUAAAGAAGCCUGAAAAGCGAGAAGAAGGGCGGGCAUCGGAUGUUGGAAAGGCUGAGAAUUAUCAGUAUGCAGAGGUGAUGAAAGAAGUGGAACUUAUGAAACAGGAACUGAGUAAACUUAAGCUGGACAUGGCUUCUGUUUUGGAAGAGAAAUCACGGGCUGAGAAGGAAAUUGAAGCCGCAAGCUCAAAAAUUUGGUCUUAUGGAAGCUCAGCAAAUUCACUUAAGAAAGAGAUUGAGGAAGCCAAUGAAGACCAAGUACUGGUUGAGUUGGCGCGGAUUGAGGCUGUUAAAGAAUUGGUAGCCAUUGAAGCUCAGAGAGAAAAAGAAGCUAAUGAAUUCUCAUCUGCAAUGGAGAAAACCAGGAAGAAAAUGAGUGACAUUAUCCAAGAGAUUGAACAAUCGAAAGAUCUUGAGACCAAAUUAUCUGUCACAACUUCUGAUAUUGAUGUGCUACAGAAUGAGCUAAAGCUAGCUAAGAAAAUAGACAAAAGUGUUCAAAAUAAUGACAGCUUGAAGCAUACCAAAGGUAGUUUUAGAAGACAAGAAGGGUCCGAGACUUCAGCUUUGUUGCAGUCAGUCACAGAAGAAUUGAAGGCAGCAAAGAAGGAAUUAGCUUCUAUUAAAGAAGAAGGCUUUGACUUCAUGUCCUCUAUGGAUGUUAUAAGAGAGGAGCUCAAGCAUGUUACAGAAGAAACAGCACGGUUGAAGAAAACAGAAGAGAAGAGUGAUUUGACUGUCAAAAAUCUUAAUUUGAAGCUGCUACGAGCCCAGUCAAAACUUGAAGCUACAUCUAAGGCUGAGGAAAACGCUAGAUCAAUUGCAUCCAACCUAACUCUUACUCUUGAACAAUUAAAAACAGACGCAGAGGCAGUGAAGAAAGAAAGGGAGCUCAUCAGUGAAGAAACUGCAACAAUCAAUGCAGAAAUUCAGAAAACCGACUCUGAGAUAGACUUAAAUGAGGAAAGAUUACAAUCUGCGAUGCAAGAGCUUGAAGCGGUUAAAUCUUCUGAGGCAAUAGCUCUUGAGAAGCUACAAACUGUGACUGAGAUUACUAUGAGAGCUAGAGCUUCAGCAUCUCAACAGAAUUCCUCAAUCUUCAUCUCAAAGUUUGAAUACGAGUAUUUAACUGGACAUGCAGUUGGAGCAGAAGAGGUUGCUGAUAAAAUGGUUGCUGCAGCUCAAGCAUGGAUUGAAGCUUUAAAGGCCAGUGAGAAGGAGAUACUGAUGCAAACUGAAGUAGCUCAGAGAGAAAUCAGAGAACUAAGAAUGGAGGAAGAGAAACAAGUUCUUAGAAUGGAAAGGUCUCUUUCGGCAACAAAAGCAGUGGAGGGAGAAAUACAAAACUCGAGGCUAAAGCGUCAGAUGAGCAGAGGCAGGAGAACUGAAAACAUGCAGCUUCAGUUGGCAUUGCCAAAAAAAUCCAUCAAGGACAAGGGCAAUCUGACUCCUGCAAGACGAGCAAAGCUCCGCAAGUCUGAUUCACCAGCAAUUCGGCAUUUCCCUCGCUCAAGUUCUGUCAAUCUUAAGAAGAGGAAGAAAGUAAUGCCAAGUCUAGCCAAGUUCUUCAGAAGCAAGAGAAAGGAAAACGUUCUGUAAACCAUCUGAAGAUUGUUAUGACUAUUGCCACUCGUCUACCUGAGCUCCUUAGCAAUUUGAUCUGUACUGUCACAUAAUUUCAGCAUUGGAAGCUCAUCCUUUAAGUUUAAUUUCAAAAAGUUCUUUGGGGAUUGACAGCAUAAGGCAUGCAUUUGAGAAAAUUGUAAUCGCUGUGCUGUUGAGCAGCUGCUAAGAUUUGUAUAUAAAUCACCCUUUUUUAGUUGUAUGCUUUUAGGUUUUACACCAAUGUUUAAAGUGCUGUCUGGUGCAGUUUUCACUCUGGCCUGAUCUAGCCCACUUCAUUACUUGUUUAAAAGAAUACAGUUCCUCCUUA